GUAGUUUCUCGCUGACUUCGAGAGCGAAAGUCGUUUUGUGGAAGAGUCUGCAGGCAUGAAGACGCACUCUGCAUUGUCGACAGUUCUGUCGCUGCUAGCUUUACUACCGUUGUUGUCUGCACAAGCUGAUCGUCCCAUUGAAGUAGAAUGCGGCAAAUCCACGAGGCACGAUGGGAAACUAAUUGUUAAUGGAGUGGAGGCUAAAGCGGGGAUGUUUCCAUGGCACGUUGUCAUCUACUUUAGAGAAAAAGACAUGACAUAUAUACCGAUAUGUGGUGGUUCUCUUAUCCGCAACAAUCUUGUCGUCUCAGUGGCUCAUUGUUUUGAGCAAGUCUUGAACAACGUUAACAAUGCGUCGAGUUACGCUGUGGUAGCCGGCAAGCAUUAUCGUGCCUGGAAUGCCGACGAGCAGUACAGUCAGAAGUCGUUGGUGGAGAAUAUCGAAGUUGGCGAAAGAUACUUGGGGUUGAUUGGUAACUAUGCCAGUGACAUAGCUCUGCUGAAGCUGAAAACGCCGUUUGAGCUAAAUAUGCUGGUGCGUCCUAUUUGCAUCGAUUGGGAAAUCAUAUAUGAGAGAGCAUUGUUGCAACCGGGACAACUUGGCAAGAUGGUGACAUGGAAUGAAAACAUCAACGACGAAUCUAACCAGACUAUGUACGAAGUUGUCAUGCAGUACGUGCCGAAUAAGCAAUGUGUGGCUGAGAGUCCUAUAGAUUUUCGCAGGUUUAUUACGCAGGAUAAGUUCUGCGCAGGCCGUUUGAACGAUUCAAGCAUCUUCAUUGGACAAAGCGGUAAUGGCCUGUACAUCCACAAGAAUGGGACUUGGUAUCUUCGUGGCAUCGCCAGCAUUAGAUACGGGAAUGUAGACGAUAACAACUCAUACAUUGGAUUCACCUACAUCAGUCACUUCCGUGAUUGGAUUCACGAGGCUUACGACAGUGCGUAAACGUGUAGAGGGACGUCGGUUGUACGAUGCACGAAAUAUGUAGCCAGCAUCAUCGAGUUUGCAAUAACGUGAGACGAAUGGAUGUGACAUAUGGAGAUAAUAUCAGCGACAAAAGUUUAAAAAGUGACGAUUGUAUAUGCGUUUUUAUAUACAUACAUACAUACACACGAACACGCACACACGACAUACCUGCAAUAUCGAUUGACAGAAGUGGAGAAAUGAUGACACAAAAAUUUUCGCUAUUGUAUGUUCUCGUCUUUAAGUUGCAGAUUAAAUAAAUAGUUAAGCUGCAUGAUA